AUGUCGCUCUCCACACUCUCAUCAUCUUCCUCCCCAACGAAACAAUCAACAUCCAAGCAAGCGAAGCCGAAGCCCUCCGCCUCAAAGUUGAAACAAUUCACAUCGAAAGUAAAAUCUAGGAUGGGCGCAGCGCAGUCGUUGACGAUACACGGUUCGUUUGGAGUUAGGACCGCAUUCAAAGCAUCAGAGGUCGCAGCAUCGGCUUCCAUUCCUAUCACUUCCCUCGUAGCGACGAGGCCCGCACCACCUCCCCCAGCAUCACCCCAGCGAGAACAACAAGACGACAGCAAUGAUUCAUCGUCACGCCAACGCUCCGCUUCCCCCGCACCGACGGAGCCAUGCGACGUAGAACUGACUCAGGAAGAGUGCGUGGACGCCCUGAAGGCCAUGGGCAUCAAAGUCCGAGACUAUGCCUACGCUCCUCGAAAGCCUGCUCUGCCUACCGUACCCCCUGCAUCCUCGUCGGCAAAUAUUCCUACUUCCAAUUCGCCUUCCACUUCCACUUCUUCUCAAACAGACCCCGAGCCAGCGCCGCAGCCGGAGAAAGACGAGCUCCGACGCCCCACCGCAGUCCUAUGGUCCCCCGACUCGGCCUUGGCCGAAUACGACGUCCGCGUUGCGAGCCUAACACGCACCUACCCCAUCACCGGCCGCACGCUCUCCCGCCUCCUCGAGAUCGGGUGGGUCACGGAGGAAGAAGCCCUGGAGGACUGCCACGAGAUGGACUGGGAGGCGAUGUACAAAUACCGUGCGCUCUGCCUGAAGAAGAGUACGACGGAGAGGUGGCAGGACGGGGAGUAUCCGUGGAAGUUCUUGUGGACAAGGGGCGCCGAUAGGGGGAAGCCGAACAUGAAGACGCGGAUGGUUUUGAUGGAUGCAGAGAGGAGGAUGAGGGCGUAUGUGGAUCGGGCGUGUAGAGACGAGGAGGUGAGGAGGGCGCGUGCGGAGAGGGAGAGGGAGCAGGAAGAGAAGGAUGCUGCGCUUAUAAGGAGGAUGAAGGAGAACGGCGAGUUGUGGGAAGUUCCUUUCGUAGGUGCUGAUGCUGAUUUUGGGGACGUGGACAAUGCCGAUGUGGAUGAUGUUGAGAUGAUCGCACCAGAGGUUGGGAGGAAUAAGCGGAUGUCGCCUGAUAGCUUCGAUGAGGACGAGGAACAAGAACAAGAGAACUCCCCCCGUCGCCGCAGCGCGAAACGCCGCCGAGUAUCUCCUACUCCACUCGCGGUCGUACCAUCAAUGCCGCCCCAAUACCCAGCGCCUCUACACACAUACCAUCCCGAAAUAAGGCAUCAAGUCCAAGCUGCCAAAGAAUUCGCCAGAAGCAAGCCGUUAUCUUCCUCUUCUCAAUCUCAGCCCAGCUCUCAGCAUCACUCGGCCUCCCAAUCUCAACAUUCCCGGUCCCGAUCACAUCGCCAUUCUCACUCCCAAUCGACCAAAGCUACUGAAUCGCCCUCACAUUCUGCGCCCUCCGAACGCUCUGAUACACCCCCACCUCCGGGCUGCGACACGCCGCCGUCUACGAGCCGAGCGACUACGCCCAUCGUCGAGGAGCCGAAGCCGAAGCCGAGGACACUGGGAAGGCGUCUGAGCAGGACUACGACGUUCACUCAGAUUAUCUGA